AUGAAGGUCCUGCGUAGUAAGGAUACAAAUGUGCAUUAUUCAAAAGCUAGGAAAGCCUACAAAGUUGGUAAGAAGAGCAAGCUUACUGGUAGUGAUAAGAAGUUAAUCCAGUCACCUACUGGGAAAGGUAGUGUGGAUAAAAAUGCGCAGGCCGAUCUGGAUAAGGAAAACAUAGAUGAUCCAUGGGAUAAUCUUCCUUCCGACUCUGAAAAUUUGACGCAAAUUGCAAAACUCGAAUCUCUACCAUCCCCGACCCCGUUGAGCCAGCACACUUUGGAACAGGUACAAUUUGUUUUGUGUGAAAAAGAGAUGGAAACAAUGCCAUGUAGCCACCCAUUUUGCGAAAAGCUGAGAGCCGUAAAAUUGACGUUGCCGGAGUUCAGAAAUUUACUUCUAUUUGACUUUGAAAUGAUACCCAAACAAUUUGAGUCUGAAAUGGUUAAUCUGCGUAAUGGAUGUUAUCGACAACAAGUGUAUCGUGGCUUGUGGCCAGAUUGGAAACUUUCUCUCAACGGAGAAGAAAAAUCUGAAAAUUAUCAAGAUUUCCCGUUGAGACAGCUUUUCAUUGGAGAGUCUUCUCCUGGGAAACUGAAGUCGACCAUUUCUUCCUUACAGACCAGCGACAGAGUACGAAGUAGACGGCUUACAAUGCCACGAUCGCAACUGGCGAGGAGGAAUCAAGUUACCGAUUUCAAUGAACCCUUCGAUUCCGGGGAAUUAUUGAGAGAUUCCUCUUCACUUUCUAUGUCAAUUGACGGCCAGCAGACUGAGGCACAUCACUUUGAACAUAAAGAAAAAGGUCCAAAUCGUCGCAGUCGGCUUGCCUGUUUGUUGUCUAAAGAGCCGAGAAAAACUAAACGAAAAAAUUCCGUCUAA